AUGGAUAUUUAGCCAAGAGACGCGGAGUAAGGUGUCCAAAAAUCUUCAUUGCAAGAUAUAGCAUGCAAAUAAUAAUAGAGUAAUGGAUAAUUGGCAAAUUCUGACUCAAAGGAACCAGGAAAGAAAUGUGGGGAAAUAAAUGGAGAAGGCGGAGAACAAGUUGAAAAAUUAAAUAGCAAAGAAGAAAUUAAAAAAAAUGGGUCUUAAACUAAUAAUUUCAGUAUUGUAUCCUUAUCUGAAAUUUAGUUAGAAGAUAGAUUAUUUAAUAUCACAGAAAUAUAUAAUGUGGAGUUAAGCCCGACAAGUAUAUCAAUAGCAUAUGAUGCAUAUUUAAAAAGGAACGUGAUUAUAAAGAAAAUAUUCAAAGAUAAAUUAGAUUAGUUGUAAACAAAACAAGCUAUAUUAGAGUGCUAAUAAACGUGUGCUUUAGAUCAUUUUAAUAUUGUUAAAGGAUAUGAUUAUUAUGAAAAAGAAAAUGAGUUUAUACUCCUCAUGGAGUUAGUAAAUGAUGCUGAUUACUUUUAAGAAAAAGUUGAAAAUUGUCAUACACCUAUUAAAAAUGAACUCAAGCUGAAAAGUUACGUUACUGAUAUACUAAACGGAUUAAUUUACCUGCAUGAUUAAGGUUUUAUACAUUGUGAUCUUAAAUUAGCCAAUAUUUUUUGUGAAAAGCAUGAAAGUGAUGAUGAUGGAGUUUAAAUAAGAAGAGUUAAAAUAGGGGAUUUGGGUUUGAUUUAAAAGAUUGAUGCAGAGAAAAAAACAGCUUAUUUGGAGGAGACUUGUGGAACAUUCGGGUUUAAAGCUCCUGAAGCAAAAAAAGGCGCUCAUAUUACAUAAUAAGUAAAAUAAAAAUUAGUCACAUAAAUAGCUAAUUUAAAUUUAAUAAAUAUUAGUCUGAUAUGUGGAGUUUAGGCAUUAUCUUAUAUUUUAUGA